AUGUCGACGUUAACGGAAACCGAAGCUACGGGUCCAUCGUCAAUCAUAAAUGUCGACGAGCUUCAGAACUAUGGAAUCAACGCUUCUGAUUUACAAAAGCUCAAGGGAGCAGGGAUUUACAGCGUCAAUACUGUACUCUCUACCACGAGAAGAAAUCUGCUCAAGAUCAAGGGUCUGAGUGAAGUGAAAGUGGAAAAGGUGAAAGAAGCUGCGGGCAAGAUCAUACAAGUUGGCUUUAUCCCAGCCACCAUCCAAGCCGAUAUUAGAAGGCGUGUGUUCGGUAUCUCAACCGGAUCCAAACAACUCGACAGCGUUCUGGGUGGUGGUGUUAUGACAAUGAGCAUAACUGAAGUUUUUGGAGAGUUCAGAUGUGGUAAAACUCAGAUGUCACACACCCUCUGUGUUACAGCACAAUUGCCACGAGAGCUGGGUGGCGGAGAGGGAAAAGUGGCUUACAUUGAUACAGAAGGAACCUUUCGGCCGGAGAGAAUCAAGCAGAUUGCUGAAAGAUACGAAUUGGACCCUGAAGCGUGCUUGGAAAACGUGUCGUACGCGCGUGCUCUUAAUAGUGAGCACCAAAUGGAGCUCACUGAACAACUGGGGGCCGAAUUGUCUUCGGGUGAAUACAGACUUUUGAUUGUUGAUUCCAUAAUGGCCAACUUCAGAGUAGAUUAUUGCGGAAGAGGUGAGUUGAACGAAAGGCAGCAAAAACUCAAUCAGCAUUUAUCAAGACUCAAUCGAAUCGCGGAAGAGUACAACGUCGCUGUCUUCAUGACUAAUCAAGUGCAGUCCGAUCCCGGUGCAUCGGCACUUUUUGCAGGCGCAGAUGGCAGAAAGCCUGUAGGCGGACACGUAUUGGCUCAUGCCAGCGCGACUAGAAUCCUGUUGAGAAAGGGUCGUGGUGAUGAAAGGGUAGCCAAACUUCAGGAUAGUCCAGAUAUGCCUGAAAGAGAAUGUGUUUACACAAUCGGGGAACAAGGAAUCACGGAUUCCAGUGACUGA